ACCGUUGCCGCGAAUGAACUCAAUGACCGUCGUGCACCUGAAUGCUUCAUCUUACAACGCGUGGGAUGAGUACAUAUUGGGGAAAAAAAAAUGUACGGAGAGACUCAACGAGCGAUUGAAGUUCAAGUAGAUUCACGCUCCUCCCCUCCAACCGGCGUAUUAACUGGAACUCCGCUCUGGGACUGCUUAUUGAUUACUGUAGCUUGCAAAUAUGAUAACACGACUGCUGCCGCCGCCGCCGCUGCUGCUGCUGCUGGCGGCCCUCUCAGGCUGCAGCCGUGCAGCCGGUGUGCUGCCCGACAGCCUGGUGGCAAUCGCGGGAGAAACGGUGACGUUCGCCACAACAGUGAUUCCGCCGGCGACGCCGUUCCUGGUGGUCACCUGGAGUAUUACAGAUGUCCACGGCACCCUCACGAAUAUCAUAGCGUCCACGAGCGUCAACGUGACUACGCCAGAGUACCGGGACAGGAUCACCCUCUUUCGCCACACGGGAUCGCUGGAACUGAGGAACGUGAGCUUGAGAGACGCAGGAGAUUUCACGUUGACUGUGAUACCGGCCGGUGGAGCUCAGCAGAGAGGGAACUGUAAACUGGACGUCCAUGAACGGAUCACCGGCGUGGUUUUAAUCCCGAGCGUCACAGAUCUGUUAGAGUCCAACAACCCGGUCACGAUGUCCUGCUCCGCCGCGGCCGGUUCCGGACUUUCUUUCCUCUGGCUGAACGGCAGUUCCGAGAUCAAAGCCGGCGGCAGGGUUCGGAUCACCGACGGCGGCUCCAAGCUGACCUUAACCAGCGUGAUCCGCUACGACCACAGACCGUUCAGGUGUCACGUAUUCAACGUGAUCAGUAAUGGCACCAGCGACCCGGUCAACCUCUUCAUCAGCUAUGGCCCCGAAAACAUCCGUCUGACCACGUUCCCGUCACUGGAAUACCACAUGGAAGGGUCCAACAUCAACCUGUCCUGCUCUGCUGGGUCUCGACCUCCUGCAAUCUUCCUGUGGUUCUUGAAUGGAGACCCGUUGCCCGCUUCUGGACCUGAGCUCAGACUGCAGAAUGUUCUAGACAGUCAGAGCGGGAGCUACCGCUGUGAAGCCUUUAACAACAAGACAACAAAGUCCAAAACUCGCCGCUCGACUCUAACUAUACUGGCACCGGUUUCCAGAGUGGAGGUCAAGACUAACGCCACAGAAAUGUUUGAAUUCAGUGGUCCAGUCCAUCUGUCCUGCUCCUCAACCGGGACCUCGCCCUCAUUCCGCUGGCUGAACGGUAGUUCCGAAGUUACAGAAAGCGAGAGAGUUCAGAUCACGGGCGGCGGCUCCAAACUCACCGUCCUCAACGUGACCCGCUACGAUCUGGGACCCUUUCGGUGUCACGUGUUCAACCUGAUCAGCAACGGCACCAGCGGUCCGGUGAUGCUGUCCGUCCACUUUGGACCGGAGAAUAUGAACCUGACGAGCUCGCCGUCGCAAGAAAACUACGACGAAGGUUCGGACGUCAGCCUCAUCUGCUCGGUGGCCUCGGGCCCUCCGCCGCGACUCCGUUGGUUCCGAAACGGAGAGCUUUUGUCCUACGCUGGAUCGCAGCUCAAGCUGCUGAACAUUCAUUUCCAUCAGAGUGGAAACUACAGCUGUCAGGCCCUUAAUGACAAAACAAUGAAGAACGUGACUUCGGAGCCCGUGGCCAUUUCUGUGAAAAGAUCGGAAAUCUCCAACGUCGUGAUCGCGGCCAGCAGCACGGACGUGGAAGAGCUCAGCGGCUCAGUCAGGCUGUCCUGUUCCUCGGCCGGUUCCUUCCCAAGGUUCGUUUGGCGGAACGGCAGCGGCGAGCUGGCGGCCGGCGACGGCGUCCAGAUCGACGGCAAAGGCGCCGUGGUCACCAUCCUGAACGUGAGCCGCUACGACGAGGGUCCCUACAUCUGUCACGUUUUCAAUAAUUUCAGUAACGCCACCAGCCGACCCCUCAAACUCUCCAUCAGCUAUGGACCAGAAAGCAUUCAUUUAAAGCAAUUUCCGUCAGGGGAAUACUUUGCGAGAGGAUCCAACAUCAGCCUGUCCUGCUCAGCUGCAUGCAGACCUUCGGCCCGGUUUGAUUGGUUCUUCAAUGGGGAGUCGCUGUCCCGCACGGGACCGGACCUCAAUCUAGUUAAUGUUUUGGAGAACCAGAGCGGGAACUACAGCUGCCGGGCCGUUAACAUCAAAACUGCAAAAUCUCAAAUGACAAAGCCGUCGGCCAUCUUUAUUCAAUCACCGGUUUCCAACGUGGGCCUUACCUCCAACCUCACAGUCAUGUUUGAGUUCAGCUCCGUCACGAUGUCCUGCUCCUCUGGCGGCUCGGGACUUUCUUUCCGGUGGUCCAACGGCAGCUUGGAGGUCACGGCCGGUCAUAGAGUUCAUCUCACCGCCGGAGGCUCCACACUCACCGUAGUCAACGUGACGCGCUACGACCAAGGACCGUUCAGUUGCAACGUGUCCAACGGCGUCAGCGAGGCACUCAGCCGGCCGCUGCAUCUUUUCAUUCAGCAUGGACCGGACAGCCUGACCAUGGAGGGCCCAGACUCGGUUUACACUGGACGAAACGCAAUGCUUCUCUGCUCUGCCUCGUCAGUACCGCCGGCGAGCUUCUCCUGGCUUUUUAACGGAAAGCCCACCGGCGUACGCACAGCCACAUACGUCGUCGUUGCAAGUCGAAGUUCGGACGCAGGGAAGUAUGUCUGCACAGCCCGGAAUGCCAUCACAGGACAGAGCGCAACAGGAAGCCACAAGCUAGCCGUUUUGGCCUUGCCCGAAUGCGACUGCUGGGCGGCCAUCGGGGUCGCUGCCGCCAUCGCGGUCGGCUGCUGCAUUCUCAGCGUCAUCCUGAUCGGGUUGAUCGUCUAUGGGCUCAGAAGAAGGAAAAGGCACAGCAGCAAAUAUCCAACGCUCAAAAGAGGGAGAAAAAGUGUGAAUGUGAAGCACUCCGAUAUGUAUAGGAUCUCAAAUAGAACUCAGAUCAACCAUUAGGCUGCUAUCUUUCAAGACGGCCGCCCUGGAGCUCUUCUUGUCUCGCCAUCGCAAAAGCAUCACCCGACAACAUUAAGAGGAUACUCUGACC